AUGACAUCUACAACUACAACAUCAACAACCACUACAAAUGCUUCGAUUCCGACAUCGUCGGAACAAGUUGUCGAUAGACCUUUGAAGAUAGAUUUACAUACACAUAUCUUACCAAAGAAUUGGCCAGAUUUAAAGCAAAAGUAUGGAUAUGGUGGUUGGGUUUCUUUAGAUCAUCAUUGUUCGUGUAAAGCAAAGAUGGUUAUCGAUGGAAAGUUCUUUAGAGAGAUCGAUUCCAAUUGUUGGGACCCAGAGGUUAGAAUCAAGGAAGCCGAUCGUGAUGCCUGUGACAUCCAGGUACUCUCUACUGUACCGGUGAUGUUCUCAUACUGGGCAAAGGCUGCCGACGCUCUCGAUCUCGCGCAAUAUCUCAACGAUCACAUCGCUCAAGUGGUUAGCGAGAAUCCAAAGCGUUUCGUCGGUCUUGGCACUCUGCCAAUGCAAGACAUCGACGCAUCGAUCCAAGAGUUGAGACGGUGCAAGCUUGAGUUGGGUCUGUCGGGUGUUCAGAUCGGUACAAACAUCAACGGUACCAAUCUCGACGAUCCAAAGUUUUUCCCGCUCUUUGAGGAAGCCGAGAAGUUGGGUGCAGCCAUUUUCAUUCAUCCAUGGGAGAUGAUUGGUCGUGAUCGUAUGCCAAAGUACUGGUUACCGUGGCUUGUCGGUAUGCCAGCAGAGACCUGUCUAGCGAUGUGUUCAAUGAUUUUCAGUGGUAUCUUUGAGAAACUUCCGAAACUCAAAGUUUGUUUUGCACAUGGUGGUGGAUCAUUCCCAUUCACAAUCGGUAGAAUCGAACAUGGUUUCAAUGCCAGACCAGAUUUAUGUGCAGUUGAUAAUCCAAUUAACCCAAGAGAUUAUAUUGGUAAAUUCUGGGUUGAUUCGUUGGUACAUGAUGAAGAAGCAUUAAAGUUUUUAGUUAAAUUAAUGGGUGAAACCAAAGUUUGUUUAGGUACUGAUUAUCCAUUCCCACUUGGUGAAUUAGUACCUGGAGAACUUAUUCAAUCAGUUAAAGAUUUCAGUGAAGAUACAAAGAAUAAAUUAUUAGGUGACAAUGCUUUAGAGUUUUUAGGUUUGACAAAGGAUCGUUUCCUUAUAUUUAUUAAAAUCAUUUAG